UUCCCAACUGUCAACUAAAGAGGCCAGAAAUACCUGGGAGACAACCGUUGCUACUGACAUCAUCACUCCUCAGUUGAAGCAUCUUGACCAGCGGCUGAGAGAGGUGAAUGCCACAAUCAGAAAUGACUCGCGUGUCUCCUCUAACUUCAUCAUGAGGGUGACAUUCGGGGAUGAGUGUCCGUUGUCCUCGCUACCUCGGGGCUCCCAGGUCCACUGUUCAGGAGUGUGGAGCUGCAGAGAGAGGGUGUCCCUACUCAGCCUCACCCACAUCGUAGAGCAGAACGACGGAAAGGACAAGCUCCCUCUACUAUGGAGGUUCCUACAGAAGGAGGCAGAGUUCCGGCUGGUGAGGUUCCUUCCAGAUAUCCUGGCCCUGCAGAAGAGUCUGGUGAAAAGGUUCCAGAG